AUGACGUUGGAAGAAUGGGAAAUCCUACUUUCAUUCUCGCGUCGAGUCAAGACAGUUACCCUUGAUGCAAGAGAUUCAGAUGAAGAAAUUCACGCAAUCGACGCUUGUGUCUAUCGCGCUCUCUCAGCCUGUCCGUUAUCCAACCUCUUCCCAAAGCUGCACACCCUCCAUGUACAAGGUUCCACGAUGUACAAUUCAAAAUACCGCUUGCUCAUGACCAGUGACCUUCUGCUUUCUUCCAGUCUGCGCGCAAUUCGUGUAACGUCCAUGUUUCCAAAUAGCUUCUUCUCCGAUGCACCGCUACUCACCAAGUUUUGCCCACUCGUCGAAUCGUUUUCUUGCUUGCAUAACACCAAUCCGCGGUUGCCGGAUGAUGGAGAGCUAGAAUUGCUGACAAAGACACUUUGUCAAUGGGAGCACCUACGCACCGUCGACUGUGGCGCACUGAACCAGGACAUUUUGACCCAUCUCACAAAGGCAUCGCCGCCGUCCCUAGGCCACCUCUCCGUACCAGUCAGUACAGCAGCACCGUGGCUCUCGGGGCAAUAUGGCGUACGCGAGAUUAGUCGCCUGUCUCUAAACGUCGAUGGCAUCGAUACUUUUUCCCGAGCACUUAAAGCACUGCUUCUAGAUGAGAAUAGCACGGUAUCUCCCUCUUUCCUUUCAGCAAGUCCAGUUGCUCGUCUGCACACUGUCCAGUUCGUGCCAUCUACCAGACCAAACGUCGUGAAGCCUUCGCCGCGGCCCCCGUCCUUGAUAUUUACGUCCCUCGCGGAAUGCGUGUCACAUGCUUACCUGACCAGCAUCACGCUCUCCGAGUCUAACAGGUCAAGCAUUAUCCCACCCCACGGCUACCUCACCAAGGAUGCCCUCUCUCCGCUCCGCGCAUUCUCGAUGUUAACAGAGCUCAUGAUUGAUUUCCAUCACCAUCCUAUUAUGCUUGAGGACGUUGCGGACAACGAAGACUCAGACAGGGACGAAAACUCGGAUGAAGCGCUCACUGUGCUUGUCUCGUGUUGGCCGCGCCUUGAACGACUGCAGCUCAAAACACUGCAACGCCCAGCAUCACUUGCGGGCCUGUUCGCUGUCCUCGAGUCCUGCCCGCGUCUCGCCUAUCUCAAUAUCGCAGUUCGCGUGGACCCACGCCAGGUUGAUGUAGCGGCCGAGUCCAUCUCCGAAUCCAAGUUCGCCGGUUCAACAACAGUCACACAGCUCCCGCAUAAUUCAGUCAUCACCUGGUUAGAUAUCACGCAUGCCUCGGAGCGCCUCCAUGACAUCGAGCCACUUGCAAAGGUGCUGCACCACGUUGUGCCAUCGCUUCGCACGUGUAAUCAGGGUGAACCGACCGUCACUUCAAAUAUGUACUCACACCUCUGCAACGAUGAGACCAGCGUCCAGGCUGCGCGGGCGUGGCUUUCAACUUGGGAUCACUCAGAUCGAUACGAAAUAACGUCCAUAGAAUGGAGCAUAAACUUUUGGACGGUCGUGUUUGCUGAAAUGAUGGGUCUAGUUAAGGUUGAAAGGGAAUAA